UCUGAAUGCAGAUACAUAAAAAAAAGGCGCUCUGUCAAGGUCAAGUUGGAUCAACUCUACACUCCAACAGACCUUGGCGGGUUUGGCUUGUUCCAGCUGUUCUUCAAUUACAGGCAGUACGCGCCAAUUGUCGUCGGCAGGCUCCUAAUCGACUCCUGGUCUAACCAGCAUCACAGGGCAGCUCGCACAUGACUAUGGCUACCUGCGUCUGGUCGCAACCGCGCCGUAUACGUUGGCGGACUGUUCGACCCUGGUAGAAGAUCAUGUAUGUGGCAAUGGCACUUCACUUUGAUAUCGCCUUGUGGAUCCUUCACAACGCUGUGCGGAGACGCAAUGGCAGUACAACAACCACGCUGGCGGUCUACUUGGAAGCUUGGCAUGAGCUUCUUGACCGGCCGCGCAUUGCCGACUACAAAACAGAGCUCAUCUACUGGCAGGAGAAUUCUACGGUCGGCCGCACAUCUGCUGAUAUGCACGACUCGUCAGAUAUUUCAUACAAAAUCUUCACUCUGCCAACUGGCCAAAAAAUUCACACGGGGCCUUUCUCGACGGCGGCUUUCGAGAAAGCCACGGCUUAUUUCCACAAGACUGUGUUGGACUGGGGACAACUUUCCCGCUGCACCACAAAAGCUCUUUAGCAUUCGAAUACAGGGUCAGUGCUCCAUAUACCAUUGCACUUGCGUUUUACAAAGCACAACAAAUCCGCCGUUUGCGUGCCAGGAUUGAUCUUUCGUUGUCUCAUAUCGGAUCACUGUUGUGUCACUCACGGAAAUUAUGGCACUUGUAUGCUCUCGUGCUCCGACGGAUCUCUUCGGGUGUUUAGGUGUUUCGCUGUUCAGCUAAUACUGGGAUUCCUUACUAUGUUAUUAUGAGACCUUUCCACCUUUAUAUUGUGAAGCGGUAGCGAAUGUAUGGCGAAUGCCUGAUGAAAAGGGCUUGAACUGCUAAGACAUGAACGUAUUGAAGGAUGUUGUUGUUGUUGUUGUUAUUGCUACGGAGUUGCUGUGCUGGCACUUUAUAGGGCACGCA